AUGAUUGGAGGAAAUAGACUUUACCAGAAUUAUCAUGAUUCAUCUUCCAAUAGGUAUCAGCAGAACAGACAACCUUAUAAAUCAAUUGUAGAGUUGAUUCAGAGGGUUGAAAAAUUAGAGGCUAAGGAGUCAAAUAAACUACCUGCACAAACAGUGAUCAACCCACAAAAUGUAAGUGUUAUUACUUUGAGAACGGGUAAGCAAGUAGAAAGCGCUAAAAGAGCCCAAGAGGAUGAAGAUAAGGAGAAAGAAGGAGCGCAAAUUGAUGACAUUGGAGGACCAAGUGAACCAUCACCUGAAACUACCACUGAUAAAUCCAGAUCAGUAUCUUCUAACUCUUCUUCUAAAAAUUCUUCUUCAUCUUAUUCUCCACCUCCUCCAUAUCCAAAUUGGUUGAAGUCGAGAAACAAAAAAAUGGAGAAAUUAGACCAAGAGAUCUUAAAUAAUUUCAAAAAGGUGGAGAUCAAUAUUCCCUUGCUAGAUGUUGUUCAGCAAAUCCCUAAAUAUGCUAAUUUUUUGAAAGAAAUUUGCACAAAUAGAAGGCGUUUUAGGGAUAAUGAGGUUGUGAAUUUGGGAAGAAAUGUGUCAAGCUUGAUUAAGAAGCAUAUUGAAAUACCACGAAAAUGCAAGGAUCCAAGUAUGUUUUCUGUUCCAUGUGUUAUUGGAAAUUCAAAGUUUGACAAUGCCAUGCUAGAUUUAGGGGCUUCAAUAAAUGUAAUGCCUUUAUUAGUGUUUAAUUCUCUAUCUUUGGGAUCUCUUAAGACUACUGGUGUGGUUAUUCAACUGGCCAACCGUAGCAUAGUUAACCCUGUAGGUGUGCUUGAGGACGUCCUUGUUCGAGUAGACAAGUUAAUUUUUCCUGCAGAUUUCUAUAUCUUGGACAUGAAGGAUGAUGAAGGAAUCAGUCCAACAACUAUUAUCUUGGGAAGACCUUUCAUGAUGACAGCACGAACCAAGAUAGAUGUGCAUGCAGGAUCAUUGACAAUGACGAUAGGAGACGAGAAGGUGUGGUUCAACGUGUUGGAAGCUGGGAAGCACCCGAUUAAAGAACAUUCUUUUGUUUUGUAUUGA